AUGGAAGGCUUCGAAGCUCUAAUUGCCGACAUAGAGCCAGCAACUGGAGUUGUACGAGACAAUGACUAUGAUUGGCCACAGAAUUCGACGCUAUCAGCAAGAGGCAUCCUUGAACUGGCAAAACUUGGUGACUUCAUCGAAGUUGAUAUAGCUAGUCUGGAAGAUCGAAGUAAAGCCACCCUUUUACAGAAGUUCCUAGUGUCAACCUAA